AUGGAAGGAGGGAUUCGAAACUAUGCCAAUUCGUCGUUGUCCAGCCUGUCAUUACCUCUGCCUGGAGGGGUUCAAGGCACGGAUAAGCGCAGGCUAUUAUUGAUUUACAUUCAUGGCUUCAUGGGAUCGGAAGCCAGCUUUCAUGAAUUCCCAGCACAUAUUCAUGAUCUAGUGACAAGCUUACUGAGCGAGUCGCAUGUUGUCUACACUCGCAUUUAUCCUCGGUACAAGUCUCAUGGCGAAUUACAAACAGCAGUGACCCAAUUCAGUGCCUGGUUAUCGCCUCAUGAAGCCGAUGACCUAGAUGUUAUCCUUCUAGGUCAUAGUCUUGGCGGGAUUCUUGCCGCAGAUGUUGCUCUUUUGCAGCAAGACGGGAGACCGAAACAUCGAAUCCUGGGGCUUGUGAACUUUGAUGUUCCAUUUUUGGGGCUCCAUCCUCGUGUAAUUCCUACGGGGAUCAUGGGUUCUGUUCCGAGGAAAGAUGUAGCCCCUGAAGACCAACUGGCAGACGAACAAGAGUCUCUUGGACUUGAACCUGCCUACAAACCCGUCACUCCAAGCCCCAACUUUGAUCCACCCUUCAGGAAUGAUGUUCGCCUCGUUCAACGCGGUUUCUUGAAGGGUGUCAUGCAUUUUGUCAACAAGAAUACAGACAAUCUCUCGCGCUCCAUAUUUGACCGUCUGGUGUCACCAGUCAAGUUUGCAAAUUGCGUCAAUAACUACUCUGAGCUUCGUCAACGGCAUCGGCGUCUGAUCGAGCUAGAGGAUGCUGAAUACAAGGCCGAGAGAGUACGAUUUGUCAACUACUACACCACCAGUACUGGUCGAAAACCACGGAAAACUAAGGGGGAGACCGACAAAGAUACUUCGAAUAAGCUCGAGGAAACAACUGCAGAUGAGCCUGCAGAGAAGGAGGUAUCUGAAGAAUUGACAGAGAUGCUUGCGGAAAAGAUCAAACUCAGUGAUGAUCUCGAACUUACACCCCCACCUCCGCCUACACGAAAACCUCCCGAGGUACCAACUGUCUUGACAUCGGAGGCUGCCCCAUCCACGGCAAGAAUCUCACCACCCGACAACCAGAGCUUGAAGUCUGUCUCCUCAGAUUCCACUCUCGCAGCACCAGAGAUGAGCCCCGAGGCCAGUCGCCCCUCGAUUGAAACACCAAGCCUCGCAUCCUCCACGACCCUCGAUCCAGAAAGCGAGAAGCUCUCUGAAAGCGUCUCCAUCUCGACAUCUCAAUCCGAUCUCAAUCCAGACACCUCUAAGCGGAAACUCCGCAAGUUCAUCCUCUUGCCAUCUCAUCAUUGGAAGUAUAACGACAAUUCUCACUGGACCCCGAUUUUGAUGGAAGAUAUGAAUGAAGUGACAGCACAUCAGUCCAUGUUUGUUCCGCAGGGCGCAAAUUACGACUACCUUGUCGGGGAUACUGUGGCACUUAUCGAGCAAUGGAUUCAGACCGAUCUCAGCCAACGAUUGAUGCAAGAAAGAUUUUAUUAG